UCAAGGAUGAAAACGUUCGUGCUUCUUGUUGGUCUGUUGGCCGUUGCCAGCGCCGAAUGGAUCGAGAUCGAUUGGUCUCAGGUCCGUCCGAUCGAGGAGUUCGAUCACUACUGGGAGCGUCUGCCAGCGGAGAUGCAGAUCUACCGCAAGAUGCUUCCGACGCACCGCAUCGUCAACGGCCAGGAGGCUACGCCCGGCCAGUUCCCGUACCAGAUUGCUCUGCUGAGUGAGUUCGCGACCGGAACGGGUCUGUGCGGAGGUUCCGUGCUGACGAACACCUUCAUCCUGACCGCUGCUCACUGUGUUGUGUCCGGUGCGACGACUCUGGCCCGUGGUGGAACUGCCAUCAUGGGAGCUCACAACCGCAACGUCAACGAGCCUUCCCAGCAGCGCAUCCGCUUCUCGACCGGUGGUAUCAUCCGUCAUCCGCAGUACAGCACCACCAACAUCCGCAACGACAUUGCCGUCGUGCGUCUGGAUGGUACGAUCGUGUUCAACACUCGCGUUCAGCCUGCCCGUCUGCCGGCCCGCUCGGACACCCGCCAGUUCGGUGGCUUCACCGGUACUGUGUCCGGAUUCGGACGCACCUCGGAUGGCAGCUCGGCUACGUCGGCUGUGGUGAGGUUCACGCGCAACCCGGUCAUGACCAAUGCUGACUGUAUUGCUCGCUGGAACACGGCCCUGAUUCAGCCCCAGAACGUGUGCCUGAGCGGUGAGGGUGGUCGCUCGUCGUGCAACGGUGACUCCGGUGGUCCGCUCACUGUCCAGGACGGUGGAAGCCUCCAGAUCGGUAUCGUGUCGUUCGGAUCUGCUGCCGGCUGCUCGAUCGGCAUGCCGUCCGUGUACGCUCGUGUGUCGUUCUUCCUGCCCUGGAUUGAGGCCAACUCCAACUUCGUGGCUCGUCCUUAAGUUCCUGCAUGCGUUUUUGGUACUCAAUUUACAAUAAAAAGGUCUGAUUUCAAUGUAACAUA